UCUAGUACAAUACAAGAUGGCGGCAGAUGUGGACACUUUCGAUAAAGACUUUUAGAACAAAAAGAAAAGAUACAGAAUGAUGGAUUCUGGAAAGCUUGAGGUGAUGCGUAGAAGCGUUGGACCAUGGAUAUCUCAGUUUGAAGGAAACGACCGUGAUACAAAUUCUACCCAUGAGAGAUCUGAGGCAACUUCUCCUUCCAAUUACACUAGGAAUGCUCAGGGAGUGUUUGUCCAGAAGAAACCACAACUUCUCAAGAAAAAGAAAGUAAAUAAUAGCAGCUUGGAUAGAAAAUUUAGAUAUGAUAUAAAGAAAGAUGAAAAAAUUCAGGGGGAUCCAUUUAAGAGUAUCUUUGUUGCAAGACUGGACUAUAACACAACAGAGGAGAAAUUAUUUGAGAUUUUUGGCAGAUAUGGAUCCAUUAAAAGGCUUCGGCUCGUGAAGGAUGUAAAAACACAAGGUCUUUGUCUCUAA